AACACUGCUCUCUACAAUCCCAGUGUGCUUCACUCCCCUAGUUCUCUUCUUCAUAAUCUCAUACUUCUCUGAAUAUGGAAUCGCAUUCCUCAACAAUGCUAGCAGCAGUCCUCACUCUUCUGGUGUCACUGCCUGCAGUGAGCUUGGCCUCAGCUUCAUGUAACUUCCCAGCUAUAUUCAACUUCGGCGACUCAAACUCCGACACCGGUGGCUUGUCUGCAGUCUUCGGCCAGGCCCGUUCACCUCACGGCGAGACCUUCUUUCACCACCCGGCUGGCCGUUACUGCGACGGCCGCCUCGUCAUUGACUUCAUAGCUAAGAGCCUUGGACUGCCAUAUCUUAGUGCAUAUCUUGACUCUGUGGGAAGCAACUUCACUCACGGAGCCAAUUUCGCCACGGCCGGAUCGACCAUCCGGCCGCAGAACACGACUCUUCAGCAGAGUGGAUUUAGUCCCAUCUCCUUGAACGUUCAGUACAACGAGUUCUAUGAUUUUCUUCCUAGGUCCCAAGUUGCUCGUACUCAAGGUGGAGUUUUUGAACAACUUAUGCCUAAAGCUGAGGCUUUCUCUCGUGGCUUGUACACCUUUGAUAUUGGCCAGAACGACUUAACAGCCGGGUUGUUCAUGAACAUGUCCGUUGCUCAAGUUAAAGGAAUCGUUGUUCCUGAUGUGCUUGAUCAGUUCAAGAAAGUCGUCAAGUAUGUACACAGUCAAGGAGGUAGAAACUUUUGGAUACACAAUACCGGUCCGGUGGGUUGUUUGCCGUAUGUACUGGACCGCCUACCGGUCUUAGUCUCAGAGAUGGACCGCCACGGUUGCGCCACUCCUUUCAAUGAACUUGCUCAGUUUUUCAACCGUGGAUUGAAGCACGCUGUGGUCCAGUUAAGGAAAGAGCUACCUUCGGCCGCAAUCACUUAUGUUGAUGUCUACAAGGCCAAGUUCAACCUUAUUAGCCAACCACAAAAGCAUGGAGUUGAAGAACCUAUAAGAACAUGCUGUGGCCAUGGUGGGAAGUACAAUUUCAAUGUGCAUCUUGGAUGUGGAGGAAAGAUUAAGGUUCAUGGCAAAGAAAUAUUAGUGGCAAAGGCAUGUAAAGACCCUUCGGUUUGGGUAAACUGGGAUGGGGUACACUACACUGAAGCAUCUAAUAAAAAGAUCUUUGAUCAGAUUGUAGAUGGUUCACUUUCGAACCCUCCGGUUCCUUUGAAAAUGGCUUGCCAUAAGCACCAUUGAACCGCAUGCGUGGAUUUUUAUCUAUAGCGUUACAAGUUAUCGGAUGCCAUGUUCCUAAAAGAAUCACAUAGAACUCUUCAUUGUUCGAAUAAUAAAAUUACUUACAGAGUUACAGGCCAGUGUAAUCGUUUUAGUUU